AUGACGGCUUGGACUCGGGAAAGGCUUCUCGCUCUGGGCACACCGUCUCCUCAACUCACCAGGAACCAGCCAAAGAGGUUUGACCUCGAUGUUCUCGCCCAACUCCGCGCCAAUCUGGCUGGCAGCCGGCUACCCUUAGACUCAGCCAUCCUGGAGACUGACUUGGUAUGUCCCGUCCGCGAUGGGACCACCAUAAAACUACGAUGGUAUCGUCCCGCGAUGCCACCAACGCCGGGUUUGCCGCUUGUCGUCCACUAUCACGGCGGAGGGUACAUUCUGGGCGAUCUCAAUACCUCAAGCCCAUUUUGCCAAGCUCUUGUGCGAGACCAUGGCGCCGUCGUGAUUGAUGUCGAUUACCGAUUGGCGCCUGAGCACCCUUUCCCAACCGGCAAAAAUGAUGCUUGGGAUGCGAUGGUGUGGGUUUCCAAAAACUAUGCCGUCCUGGGUGCGGAUCCCUCCUUGGGUUUUCUCGUCGCCGGUCUGUCGGCGGGCGGCAACAUAGCUGCCUCCAUGGCCCUUGUCGCACGAGAUGAGAAACUUGAGCCAGCUUUGACAGGCACUUAUCUCUGCGUUCCAGAGCUCGUCUCUUCCCAUCAAAAGUUACCAGACAAAUACCAAUCGCUGUGGCUGAGUCGCGUCCAGAACAAGGCGGCUCCCAUUCUAGAUCAGCCUUUUCUGGAUUUCAUCAAAGGCAAGCAAUGCUACAAGCCAAAGCUCGAGUCGCACUAUCAUGCGCCGGCGCAUCACCCACAAGGUCACGCCGGCCUGCCCAAGACCUAUAUCGAUGUAUGUGGGCUUGACCCCUUCCGCGAUGACGGCAUCAUCUAUGAGCAGCUACUUCAGGAUGCAGAAGUGCUGACAAGAAUGGACAUCUAUCCCGGCAUGCCGCAUGGCUGGUGGGUGGUGUUGCCAGAGCUAGAGGGGACCGAAGAAUAUCACCGCAAAAGGCGUGAGGGUUUGAAGUGGCUACUGGCAAAGUGA